AUGAGAGUUCGGUGGAAUUUAACCGUUAAUUUUGGUCGAGAAGAAAGCAACGUUGUGUUUGUGGUUCAAAAAUGUGGAACGAAGAAGAUAGAUUUAGUUUCAUUCGUGCUCUCCUCCGAUUGGAUUCCACAUUUAUCGUCUCUGAUGUUGCGCUCUAGGGAGAUUUCAACCAGCGGCUUCGCUUCGUUCUGGCCAUCGUCUUCUUCAUCGUUCGGUUACCACCUUGCGCGAGUCUGCGUAAAGGGUUCUACCGCCAUUAAAGUUCCUUGUUGCUCUCUCACGCUUGACUCGCAGGAGGUACAGUCCCAGGCAAAUUGCAAGCAUGAGCCAGCAGUCAUCGGAGCCGGAGAGUAUAGGAAGGGGCCGGAGGAGGGCCCGGAGCCGCCGGAAGACGGUGUUGACGGGAUUUCGGGAAUUCAUGUCCCCAGACAGCGGUAUAUAGCCAUCUCUAAGUCGGAGCUCUUGGACGCGAUUGUGGAUAUGUUCGAGUCGCAAGAAGAUAAAGAUCAGUUUCGUCUUCUGUCCUCUUGCUUGGAUUCUAUUCUGCAUGCUGAGCACAAAAGCAUCUUAGAGGAAAUGCGCUUUGACUAUACGCUUACUCAGUCCAUGGAAAAGAAGGGAAUUAAUUGCAACAAUUCAGCUUGUUCAGAUGGAGAAGAAUUAAACAGUGGAAAUGAAUCUGACUUUGAUUUAGGAAAUGGUAUCAAGAUUGGGAGUAUGGAAAAAAUUAGCAAAUAUAAAAAUGAACCUCGAAUGGAUUUGAGAUCUCUUUUUGGUUCUUCAACCAAAAAAAUUGAGAAUGACUCUCCAAAGGAGUCCAGAGUUGCUGUUGCCACUCGUUUCCAGCGUGCUUUUGUGGAGCUUCUGUACAAUGCUCAGUUUGAGGAGCUGUCAGCCAGGGAUUUGAUGUUGACAUCUGCAUUGAACAGUGAUUCUCUACUCACUUUACCAAUAUAUGUUGACUGGAAGAAAGCGUCAGAAUCUAAUGCAAUAAUAUUUAGACGGGGUUAUGCAUUAGAGAAGCAAAAGGGCUUACUACUAGUUGAAAAGUUGGAUUACUUACAAUCAAAACUUCUGCAAGGAAUUUUCUUCAUUGUUUCCAAACCACUGGGAGAAGUUGGUAUAUGGAUAACUAAGGCCUUUAUGGAUCCAAGCGAGGGACAAGAUCCACAGGUUUGGACUGAAAGGGUAAAGCAUUGGCUCAAGGAACUGCCCUUUUUCCAGAAAUCUUAUUCUUACAGCGAAGGAACCUCUGAUAACCUACUAGAAGUUGGUUAUCUACCAGAUAAGAACCUUCCUAUUUGGCUGGCAGCACAAAGGGCAGUAACUCGUUAUGAAGGAAUUCUCUCACCAGUUGGACCCCGUGGCAGGCUCUUAAGGAAGUUACUUAUGUGGACUGGACUCAUUCCGUCAACACCAAAAAUCCCAUUUAACCUUGAAUCUGAUGUUACUAUUUCUGAACCUUAUUUAAGGCCAAUCUUUUUAUCGAGGAUAACACUUAGUGAUAUAUGGGAACCUGCUACAAGGAAAUCCAGUCAAAAUGAUUUUUGGAAAAUGUUGAAGACUGCUAUUUCCAUUAUUUUCUCUCAAUCAAUUCUCCAGGAACCAGCAUUCCAAGAAUUAAUUUUACUUUUCACCAAGGGAAGUGGUGACAGAGACACUGAAGAUACAGCUGAGAUUCCCUCGUUGCAGUUGAAGAUCUACGAGAAAAUUUCUAUUCCUGAUCUACCUGUUAUUUUUCCUCACAAGAAGCUGUCUUUUCGCAUCCUAGACACGGUGCGCUUGGAUGUUGCCACAAUAUUGGGACUUUUGGCAUAUUUCAUAAAUUACAAAUUUGAGGAUAUCUUAUCAUCCCCAUCUGCAGUACUUCUAGAUGUGAUUGGGAUCAGUGCUCUUAUAAUAUAUCUGACCCGUGUAGCUUUGGGCUACAAACAGACAUGGGAUAGGUAUCAACUCUUGGUCAACAAGACACUGCAUGAGAAAACCUUAGCAAGUGGCUUUGGCUCGGUGCACUUUCUUCUGGAUGCUUCCGAACAGCAGCAAUACAAAGAAGCCAUAUUGGUUUAUGCAAUCCUACUGAAAGCAGAGAUUGGCGAGGUCACUUGCCCGAAGAACGUUAAAGACAAAUGUGAGAGGUUUAUGUACAACACUUUCAAAGAACAGGUUGAAAUGCCAGUUGAUAAAGCCAUGCAAACGUUGUUGAGGCUGGGUCUUGUAACUGAAAGAGUUGUUGACCAAAAACUUAGAUUGCAGCCAAUUCCUUGCACUGAGGCAUUUCACGUCCUUAAACAACGGUGGAAUGGUCUGCUCCAUAAACAGCCAUAUGGCCCUUGAGUUGGAUAUUUGAUUGUUGGGCAAACAUAUGAACGGGCACAUAUGUAUAUGCGUGUAUAUAUGCAUACAUACAUACACACGCAAUGAAUAGGCUACAAUUUUGAAUGCAUUGUUACUUUUUGUUGC